AUGAAAUUCUUACCAGUUCCAGCACUUCUAUGCCUGAUUAAUCUCAAGCAAUCCAUCGCAAAUCCAAAAAAACAUCAAAUUUGCAGAUCACCCGAAUGUUACAGCCAAGCAAAGUCAAUUCUAACCAACAUGGACACUUCAGUCUCACCAUGCGAUGACUUUUAUCAAUUUGCAUGCGGAAACUAUCAAUCAAGUCCAUCAAUUGACUUUGUCGCAAUCAUUGAGAAAAUUAUAUCGAAAAAGAAAGUCAAAAAGGACCAAAAGCACAUGACUUUAGCUAAGCAAUAUCAUCAGAAGUGCAUGCAUGAUCAAGAUUCAGUUGAUGAGCACGUUGUUGAUGUAAUUAAGUCUAUUGGAUGGCCAUUUGGAGAUGAAUCAAUUGAACUGUCGCUUGCGGAUUUUAUCAACAAUUUUCAAACUUUUGAUUUCUUGAAUAGCUUCUUUUUUAAUCUUGAGCUUAAUAGGAAUGUGAAGAACCAACGGAUGCUUAUGAUUUAUCAUGCCUCAAAUGUUUUUAAGCUACAAAACUCAACUGAGCGACUGAUUGAAGCUGAAAUCACCAAAUUCAACCGAAUUUUUGGAACUAGCAAGCAAGAAUUGAGGAAAGUUAUGACCGAAGUUUUUGACUUUAGUGAUGAAUUUGGAGAAAUAUUGGAAUCAUCAGAAAAUGACGUCACAUCCAAAAAUGUGACUAUUAAAGUCCUUCAAAAUGAAAUCUUUUCAAUGCUCGACUGGAAUCAAUAUUUAAAUAAUAUUUUCGAUGGAUCCUUCAAAGCUGCUGAAGUGUUUAUUGAGAAUGUUGAAAAAUUGACGAUAAUCAACAAGUUGCUGCUCAAAACUCCACCGUAUGUCAUCAAAAACUUUAUAGCUUAUUCAUUUUUCAAUCAAAUUCAUUCCGAUAAAGCCGAAGUUUCAGUCAAAAGCGACGAUGAUGAAAUAACAAGCCUUAAUAGAAAAUCUGCCGACUUUUGGACACGUAGAAGUCCACAUCCUCAAAUCAACAGCAAGAACUCAUCACUAAGCCGUAAAUGCACAGUUAAAUUCAUGAAAACUUUAAUGCCAGCAAGUUCAGCAAUUUUUGGGCAACAUUUUCUCACAAAAAGUUUAAAAACGGAACUGAACCAAAUGAUUGACAUCAUUAAAAGUGAAAUAAUUAAGAAUUUUAGAUCCACAAGUUGGCUGGACAAGAAAACAAUGUCAAAAGCUGUCGAAAAAGUCAAAAAGAUGAAGUUUGUUCGCGGAUAUCCGAAAGAAUUCGAUGAACCAAAAUUCUUUGAAAAUUAUUACAAAAAUCUUAAUUUUGGUGGGAAAAGCUACUUCCGCAUUCUUAAAAGCACCAAUUUAGACAGGAAGGCACGAUUUAUUGAAGAAUUUCUAAAUCCGAUGAAAAUUCAUGAAUUAGAAGAAAUGGAACUCCAGUCAUGGUUCCUAAACGCAUUUAAUGAUUUUGAAAGUAAUAAAAUCCACUUAAAUGCAGCUUUAAUGCAAUCCAUGAACUUUUCAUCUACUUUACCAAAGUUUUGGAACUACGGAACUUUUGGAUCUGUAAUUGGACAUGAAAUUAUGCAUGGAUUUGAUAAUUACGGACGUACAUACGACUACAAAGGAGACAAAGUGAAUUGGUGGGGCAAAAAAGCUGAUCAGGAGUUCGUCAACAGAUCUAAAUGCUUUAUUGACCAAUAUGGAAACUACACAGAACCAAUCACAGGUCUGAAUGUCAAUGGAACUUUAACUUUAGGAGAAAACAUCGCUGACAAUGGUGGAUAUACUUUAGCUUAUAAAGCUUGGUCAAAAAUCAACAUAGUCGACCAAACUUUACCAAAUCUCAAAUUCAGUCCGAAGCAGCUGUUUUGGAUAUCAAAUGCACAAUCCUUCUGUAGUAAAUUGGAUGCUGAGAAGAUUUUGGAUAGUCUUAAGCACGACCCACACUCGCCUGGCAUUUUCCGCAUCAAUGGUGCAUUUGGAAAUUUUGAUGACUUUUUGAAUGAUUUUCAGUGUCCAAAAGGUUCUGGGAUGAACAGGAAAGAUAAAUGUAAGGUUUGGUAA